AUGUUGGUGGGGGCUGAGGAACGCGUCAGCACCUAUGUACACAAGAAGACAGUUACAUUACUCGGUCGGCGCUACGAGAAUUUCCCAUCUUACACCUCUCCUAACUGGCCUCUCUGUCAUUUUGUUUCCGCAACUCCCCAACACUUCAAGGGUCACACGUCAACCCGCAAACACCGUCACGUGUCGGGUAAGCCAAGCCUCAACGCGUGCGAGGCAAACGCUCUCGUGGUCCCAGAAACUCCACGUGUCCGUAAUUGCAACAAGUUUACCGGCAGCCGCCGGUUCCCCACGGAAGCCUCUUAUAUGGCGUUUCAACCCCUCCGUGGCACAAGUUUUUCGAUCACCAAUCCCAACAGAAACAGCGAGAAAAUUCCCCAGAAUUGCCAACAGAAGAGAAGAAAAUCGAAACAGUUUUAA